AUGACUAUACAAAGCAUGACCGUUACUGACGCUGGGAAUGCCACAGCCAAGAAAUGGUGCAGGGGGCCAUAUAAACUUCGAACGAAACUUAUCAUCACAGCCUUGGUGGUACUGGUCCUAGUGUCUGCUCUCAGUGGUUACCUCAUCGGUAGGAGUGACUACAAUGCAUGGAAGAAUGCUGAACCUCCAGAUCCAGUCAACUCUCUACCACCAUCACCUUCGUGGCUACACGUCUUCCAGAAGGCUGCUGUCUGUACAGAUGCACCUCAAUGCUCGGAUAUUGGCAGACAUAUCCUCUCCAUAAAUGGAACAGCGGUUGAUGCUGCCGUUGCCGCGAUGUUCUGCAAUGGUAUCCUGAAUCAACAGAGCAUGGGGUUAGGUGGCGGGUUCUUCAUGACAGUAUUCAUCAAGUCUGAAGAGAAGGCCUACACUGUAAAUGCUCGGGAAAAAGCACCGGCCGCCGCUACACCCGAUAUGUUCCAUGGAAACAUCGACAAAGCUUCCAAAGGUGGACUAGCGGUAGGUGUACCUGGAGAACUAAGAGGCAUGUGGGCAGCUCAUCAACGUUGGGGCCGACUUCCAUGGAAGAGUUUGGUCGCACCCACUCUUGAGUUUUGCAAAUACGGAUUCCCGAUUUCCAAGGUGCUCUACGACGGUUUGGAAGCAGCGCCAUACAUAAAAAAUGACCCAAAUUUAAGCAAAAUGUUCACGAUUAAGGGUAUGUUCCACACGCCAGGAACGAUAGUGAAACCGUCAGAAGCCUUCUGCAAUACUCUACAGAUAAUCGCCGAAAAAGGUGCAGAUGAGUUGUAUAACGGUAGUUUGGCGACAAGCUUCGCGGAAGAUCUAAAUACCGCCGGGAGUAUUAUAACGCUUGAAGACUUGAGGAACUAUCAGGCGGAGAUACAAGAACCUAUAUCUUUCUCCUUGGGUAACGGUGACGCCCUCUAUGCCCCUCCUCCGCCAAGUAGCGGAAUGAUACUCGGGUAUAUCCUGAGCAUCCUGCAAGGGUACAACUUCAACGCAGCCAGCAUCAACACGACUGACGACAAGAUUCUCACAUAUCAUAGAAUAAUCGAGGCUUUCAAAUUCGCGUACGCAACGAGAACAAAGCUUGGUGAUAUGAAUUAUUUGAAUUUGAAAGAGUUAAUGAACAACGUCACAGAUCCCAAAUACGGUGAAGCCAUUCGUUUGAAGAUCAACGACGACCGAACCAGCAACGACUCGUUGUUCUACGGCGCCGAGCAAUACAGCCGACCGGACGCUGGUACAGCACACAUAUCAAUAAUCGCACCGAACGGUGACGCCGUGUCGAUUACUAGCUCUGUUAAUUACUACUUCGGAGCUGGCUUCACGACCCUCAAAACUGGCAUUAUCAUGAACAACGUCAUGGACGACUUCUCAUCACCCGGUUUCGUUAACUACUUCGGUCUUCAGCCGUCUCCUGCCAACUUCAUAGCUCCUGGGAAACGACCACUAUCAUCCAUGAGUCCUAGCAUACUGGUUGACAGGAACGGCAACGCUAAAAUGGUGGUGGGUGCUUCUGGUGGCACUAAGAUCACUACCGCUGUAGCAUUGGUGAUAAUGCGCAAGCUGUGGUUCGACCAAACAAUAAAAGAGGCUGUAGACGAGCCGCGAUUCCAUCACCAGAUAUUUCCUAUGAAGAUUGAAUACGAAUUUGGUAUACUUGCGGAUGUCAUCAAAGGGUUAAGGGCGAAAGGCCACGGCGUGCAACGCUACAAGGGUCGAGGAUCAAUAGUCUGUGCCCUGUUCAGAAACAGGACUGGGAUAUACGCCAACGCAGAUUUCAGAAAAGGAGGCGAUGUCGCUGGCAUGGACUAA